CCCCCCCCCAGCCCCGUGUGGGAGCUAGAAGCUGCUGCAGAGAUUGCUGAGGGGGGGAUGAGGCUGUGAGCGGCUGGAGGAGCGAGAGGGAGCCGCAUUCUUCAGCAUCACAAGUUGCAGGGUUCUCUUCUCUGGCCUUUCUUAAACAUGGUGCAGCAAAGCAAGGCUGCGGACACUCAGAGCGGCGGCGGCGGCGGCGGCAUCGCGUCUCGGGAAGCGGCAGACAGCGGCAUCAGUGACAUGAGUGCAGCUUCCAGCCCGAAUCCCGGCUUCUCCCCAGCCCCUUCUGCGGAAUCUCUCUGGGCCAGCGGCUCUGCCAAAGGAGAGGAGGAGGCGAGCUGUAACCCUGACUGGUGCAAAACCCCGAGCGGGCACAUCAAGAGGCCCAUGAACGCCUUCAUGGUGUGGUCCCAGAUCGAGAGGAAAAAGAUCAUGGAGCAAGUGCCGGACAUGCACAACGCCGAGAUCUCCAAGCGCCUGGGCAAGAAGUGGAAAAUGCUGAAGGAGACCGAGAAGAGCCCGUUCAUCCGAGAGGCAGAGCGCCUGAGGCUAAAGCAUAUGGCGGAUUACCCCGACUACAAAUACAGACCCAGGAAGAAGGUGAGGGCAGAGGCUGGAGCAGGAGCAGAGGACAAGAGCUGCCGAAAGGAGCCCAAGUCCUUCAAGAAACACAGCCGCCCCCAGAAGGGCAAGCUGCACCUGGAAAGGUCCAAAGCCAAGAAGGCGAAGAUGGUGCGAGCGGCGGCGGUUGCGGCGGCAGCAGCGGCGGACUCUCAGUCGGAAUCGGAUGCGGAUGCGGAUGCGGAUUGCCCGGAGAGUGAGGGCUCAGGGGCCGAGCUCUCGGCUUGUUACGGCAGGGACACCAGGCUGCCUUCCCCCGACCCGAAGCGGGCAGCUCAGCUGACGGCGGCCGUCUCGCUGUCCAGCCGCUCGGCCCCGGGCAGACCCCCGGAGGAGUCCGACCACGAGCUCUUACUCUUCGACUUGAGUUUGAAUGUUGCGGCGGGCGCCGAGCUGCUGGAGGUGAGCGCGGCCGGAGGAGCAGCAGGAGGAGGGGGUGGUCUGGCGCUGGACAAGGACAUGGAGCCGCUGACCAGUGGCUGCAGCCCCGUCUCCCACUUCGAGUUCCCCGAUUACGGGACCCCGGAGGUGCGGAAAAUGAUCUCAGGAGACUGGCUGGAGAUUGAGUCCAACAUUUCAUAUUAGGAAGGGCAGAGGCACGGCGUCUCCCACCGCUGAGGGAUACUGGAGAUUUACAAAGGACCGACUCACUCGAAUAUAUUGGAUGCAAAUCUUAUCUUGGAGGGGGCUCCCUUCCCCCUUUUUUUCUAAUCAACCCUUCCUCUGGCAAGUGGAGUCCCAUCUUUUCAGGGUGCUUUAGAGAAAGCGGCUACCCGCCGAAUGAUAAAGAGCACAAUUAGUUAUGGUAGUGAAGAAUUUCUUAAUUUUAGCGAUUGACUUUAAACAAAAAGGGAGACGCAUACGAUUGAAU